AUAAUCUAUUAACCUAAAAUGAUUUGUGGUUUUUCGUAAAUAAUAUAAAUUAUUUUGUGCAUGAGAUUGUUGUUUUUGAAAUUCACGUGUUCCAGCAAGUAUUUUCUAGAAACAUGAAAGAAUUGUUUUUUUAAGAGAACGCAUUACGUGUCGGCGCGCAAAGAAACUAUACACCAACGCGUUGACACAUCGUGUAGUUUUGUCGUCUCGUGCAUUAUGGCUUAGCAUAGAAUAGCUGCUCAAGUUGACCCUUCUAUGUGAUCUUUAUGGUUCUUUGGAAUAACUUGUUAACAAAAUUCAGCGUAGUUUCUUUGGGAACGGGUUUGCGGACGAAAUUUCCGUUGUGCGAAAAGAAUUGUAGCAGUCGUGAAAAGUGGUGCGCAAUUGGCCCUCGACGAGGGAGAAUCGAAAGCGUCGAAAGUAACGAGUCAUCUACCGAUUCAAGAUGGCAGAAGGCCAGGAUACUCGGAAGAAAAUCACAGUUAAUGUCAAAACGCCAAAAGAGAAACAAACCAUUGAAAUCGAGGAAGAUGCGAGCAUUAAGGAUUUUAAAGAUGCAGUUGCGAAGAAGUUCAAUGCUCUAACAGAACAGUUGUGUCUGAUCUUUGCUGGAAAGAUUAUGAAAGAUCAUGAAACACUGGGUACACAUAAUGUCAAGGAUGGCUUGACGGUUCAUCUGGUUAUCAAGGCGCCGCGUACACCUUCCAAUCAAAGUCAAGACUCUACUGCUUCUCAAAGACCACAAGCUGAUAUAAAUGCCAGUCCAUUUGGAUUAGGCAGUUUAGGAGGUCUCCUGGGUCUGGAAUCUCUUGGUUUGGGAUCAGCUAAUUUCAUCGAUCUACAGCAACGUAUGCAACGUGAACUAUUGUCAAAUCCAGAAACGUUGCGUCAAGUACUAGAUAAUCCCUUGGUGCAAAGUCUAAUGAAUGAUCCAGAAAAUAUGCGUACCUUGGUUACAUCUAAUCCUCAAAUGCAAGAACUGAUGCAACGCAAUCCAGAAAUCAGUCAUAUGCUGAAUAAUCCAGAACUGUUGAGACAAACAAUGGAGCUGGCGCGCAGUCCGUCGAUGCUUCAAGAAUUAAUGCGUUCCCAUGACAGAGCUCUAUCUAAUCUGGAAAGCAUUCCUGGUGGUUAUAGUGCACUUCGUCGCAUGUAUCGCGAUAUUCAAGAACCUAUGCUUGCAGCUGCGAUCAGCGAGCGUAAUCCUUUUACAGCAUUGCUGGAAAACAAUGGUAGUCAAGAAGGCCAGACUAACCCGCAGCAGGGUCAAGAAAACAGGGAUCCAUUGCCAAAUCCUUGGAAUCAGAAUCAGACUCCGAGUCAGGCUCAGAGUCCGAACAACGAGUCGGAGUCAGAACAGCAGAGAGCUCCGAACAUAUUGGAAAGAAUAGCUCUAUUAAAUUCACCAGAGGCGCGAAGUCUUUUGGGACAAAUUAUGAGACAUCCGCAGUUGGUGCGAAACAUGUUGGAAGCUCGGUACACGAGAUCUAUGCUGGAAGCUAUGGCAGCUGAUCCAGCUAUAGCCACUAGGGUGAUUACUGCCAAUCCGUAUUUUCGGGGAAAUCCACAAAUGCAAGAACAAAUGCGAGCCAUGAUGCCUGCAUUCAUUCGUCAAAUGCAGAAUCCUCAAAUUCAGAACGUUGUUACAAAUCCUGAUGCUUUAGCUGCCAUUUUACAAAUUCAACAAGGCAUGGAACAAUUACAUACUGUUGCUCCAGAACUUGUUGAAAAUAUGGGUAUGACGAUGCCACCUGCACCAACAGCACCAAAUACAGGUGCGACAAAUCCAAGUGCACCAACUACGCAACCAACAACGGAUACAAAUCAGCAAGAUCCAUUCUCUCAAUUUAUGGCACGCAUGGUAACGGCGAUGGCAUUAGAUGGAGUGGAUGGCCUACCUGUACCUCCACCAGAAGAGCGCUAUAGAGCACAGUUAGAACAGCUUACGGCUAUGGGGUUUGUUAAUAGAGACGCUAAUUUAGAAGCAUUAAUUGCCACAUUCGGAGAUAUAAACGCUGCUAUUGAACGGCUACUGUCUAAUGGACAAGUGUCCAUGAGCUAACCACCCAUAUGCAAUACUGUUAUUCCAUUACUAUUUUUAGUUUUUCCUUAUUUACCUCUUACAACAGGCGUGGUGAGAGAUAUUUGAGGUAACUGGCUGUCAGAAAAUUAUAAACUUCUACCCCAACUCUUGACAGAAUACACGCUACUGACUCGUUUAACAUGCAUUUUUAUUUUGGAUUGGUCGUACUUGGUAAAAACAAGUACUGGUAUUUAAAUGUUUAACUUGUUCACAUGUUUCACUCUCGAAAUUUCUAGAUUAAUUCUUUAUUCUGUACGUUUUCUCGAUGUGCUGAAAGUACUAAGUAGCUCUGUUAAUGCAUUUCGUCGGUGUAAAUUUGUUCAUCACACGUUCAAGAAGAUUUCUAUUAUUAGAUUGUAAUACGGGGAAUGUGUCCUUUGUUAUUAUGUUGAUGGUGUUUCUUAGAAACAAUGGAACCUGCAUGGAAAAUAGAUUGCCGUUAAAUAAGUAUGAUGCUUCUGGCUUGUUCGGUUAAUUACAAAUUUUCAUGGAGAAUAAUUCGUUUUGCUUAAACGUAAUAUAAUCACUCUAGUAAACGUAUUGCAUGGAACGUUAAUAUAUUUGCAAAAGAAACGGGGGCAUGGGUAAUUAUCAAUUAACUAAAUAACAUUCGAUAUAUAGGAAUAUGACUUGUCGAGAUUACGAAUUAAAAACUUCGAGCUAAUGUAAAUCAUAGUUCAAUUCUUCGUUCUGUUUAAAGUGGAACCGUAUUCAGUUAUUCACUAAUGUUUUCCAUGUAAGUUUUGUACGUGUGGCAGGUGAGAAGCGAAAUCUUUUUUGUUUCAUCUUUAUGCCGACGCACAUUGUUUUACCUUUCCUUUGUUUUCUUAGUCUUUAUUGUAUGCGUAAAAAAAAGUAACUGCACUACAUGUUUUAAGAUACAAAUUUAGCGAUUUGUAGCGUGAUGAUCGAGAAUUCUAUGGUGUAGGUUGUUUAUAUAGAGAAAUAUCGAUUUAACGAGAUGUCACAUGUAAAUGUGUUUAAAUUGGAAAAUGUAAUCGUCUGUUAGCUUUUAAGAUAUAUUAAAAGAAAAAAUGGUAAAUGUUGUAAAUUAUCUUUAUUCAUGAAAAAAGAAAAAAAUAAUUAUAAUUUUACUACUUUUGAUUGAUGUACGAUUACAGGAAUAUCCAUGCGCAUUAUAAUAAACUUUUAUGUGUAUUCAGUAUACUUCAUUAAACAAGGUAUUCUGUACAAGCGAUUAUAUGAC